AGGAGUCGAUACGCUGUGAAUAGCUCUGGUGACACCACAGAAGAUCAAGAUGGGGAUUCCAGAGACCAAUGUCCUCUAACUGAUGAGCAAUUGGUUUCGGGGUUUUCAGAUGUCAUCCUGGCAACAAUUUUGGCUACCAAGUCAGAUAUGUGUGGCAAAAAGUUUGAACUGAAGAUUGAUAAUGUUCGCUUUGUUGGCCAUCCCACGUUGCUUCAGCACGCCCUUGGGCAGGUAUCCAAAACUGAUCCCUCACCAAAGAGAGAGAUGCCCACUAUGAUUCUCUUCAACGUGGUGUUUGCACUAAGGGCCAAUGCAGAUCCAUCCGUGAUAAACUGCUUACACAACCUCUCCCGCAGAAUCGCCAUAGUCUUGCAGCACGAGGAGCGCCGCUGCCAAUACCUGACCAGGGAGGCCAAGUUGAUCUUGGCUAUUCAGGACGAAGUGUCUGCCAUGUCAGAAACCACAGAGGGGCCACAGUCACCUUUUCAUCACAUCCUACCCAAAUGCAAACUGGCCAGAGAUCUCAAAGAGACAUAUGACAGUCUCUGCACAACAGGGGUGGUCCGUUUACAUAUCAACAACUGGCUGGAAGUGAGUUUCUGCCUGCCUCAUAAAAUCCAUUAUGUUGCCACAAACUUUAUACCCCCUGAAGCAAUUGAGAGAAGCCUGAAAUCUAUCAGGCCUUACCAUGCCUUAUUACUUUUAAAUGAUGAGAAGUCAUUGCUUAAUGAGCUCCCGUUGGACUGCUCUCCUGCCCUGGUGAGAGUAAUUAAAACUACCUCUGCUGUGAAGAAUUUGCAGCAACUGGCUCAAGAUGCUGACUUGGCAUUGCUGCAGGUUUUCCAGCUUGCUGCACAUCUUGUCUACUGGGGAAAAGCAAUUAUUAUUUAUCCACUGUGUGAAAACAAUGUCUACAUGCUUUCUCCAAAUGCCAGUGUCUGUCUUUAUUCUCCGUUAGCAGAUGCGUUUUCUUGUCAGUUCCGGGGCCACAACCUGCCGUCGAUGCUUUCCAAGUUCUCCCUCCCAGUGUCGCUCUCGGAGUUCAAGAAUCCGCUCGCGCCGCCCGUUCAGGAGACUCAGCUCAUACAAAUGGUGAUAUGGAUGCUCCAACACCGGCUUCUUAUUCAGCUUCACACUUACGUCUGUCUGAUGGUGCCACCAAAUGAGGAGGAUUUCCGAGCCCAAGAUGAAGACAUGCCCUUUACUGCCAGAGUUGGAGGCCGAAGUUUAAGCACCCCCAAUGCUCUCAGCUUUGGUUCUCCAACUAGUAGUGAUGACAUGACUCUGACGAGCCCUAGCAUGGAUAAUUCCAGUGCUGAGUUGAUACCUGGUGGGGACUCACCCCUAAAUAAAAGGAUGACGGAGAAUCUCCUAGCCAGCUUGUUGGAGCAUGAACGGGAAGCUAUCCUUAAUGUCCCUGCUGCCCAAAAUCCAGAAGAUCUUCGCAUGUUUGCAAGGCUGCUGCACUACUUCCGAGGCCGACACCAUUUGGAGGAGAUCAUGUACAAUGAGAACAUGCGUCGUUCCCAGCUGCUGAUGCUGUUUGACAAAUUCCGCAGCGUGCUGGUGGUGACCAGCCAUGAGGACCCUGUGAUUUCAGUUUUUCAGUCUCUCUUAAAGUGACUCUACUGGCAAAGGAAGGGAACCUGCUACGCUCUCCAUACUGAUAGUCUAAAAGAUGUCAA